UUGCAGACAGAGGGUUGUUUGGGGCUGUCAGAAAACCGGCUGCAGGUCUGUUUUCCAAAGGCGAGCUGCAGAACGGCACCCUUGGCGAGACUUGAAAUCCUAGACCCUUCCCCAAAUCGCCAAGGGUUGCAGGCUGACACUUUUGUUUGCGGCUGCCUCUGUUUUCCCCCUUGUUGAGGUUUCACCUGAAGCUGCCCGAUCUGGAACGGUGAGCGUCUAACAGAACCUUUCCUUUUCCCUGUUCAUUCCAUGGUUGUGCAUCACAAGCCAGCGUCUCCUAGCAACCAGUCCCAGGAAGGAUGGCCAAAUUAUCAGCAGAGGGUGUCGAAGAAGUCUUCCAGCUGCCGCAGAAAACGGGCCGCCAGCACCUGAGGGAUUUGCUGGGCUGGGACGAGUUUGACGAAGUCCGGGAUCUGCGGCAAAGCAUCAGCCUCGACAUCCAUUACCGCAGCCUGGUGUUCGCCACUGAGAAAGGCUUGUCGUGGGUGGCUGUGGCGGAAGUGGGAAGGCUGGCGGGGGAGCUGCUGGAGGAAACCAUUGGUCUGCCCGUCUCACAAGCCAUCCAACUCCUGCAGGAGAAGCUCGCUGCCUUCCGGGUGACUCUUCCGGACUUCCACCUGCGUGCCGUCUGCGAUUACUUCCACAACACCUUCAUCAAACAUUACGGGCUGCACCAGUUCGUCCUGGCUCAGGAGAGGGACCGCUGCCAGACCUUUGCCAGCCUGGAGGUGUACGCUCCCCCCAAGCCCCUGCCGCUGAGGCGGGGGACGGAAAUAAGGGCCUGGAAGUACCAGCAGCAGCUGGCCGCAGUCUCUGCAGCGGAGGAGGAAAAGCAGGCCGAAAUGGAGCGGAUCAGGGCAACCUUGUGCAAAGAGAGGGAGAACAUGCUGGAGGAGGUCUACAGGAGCGUCCGGACGCAAACGGCGACCCUGGAGAAAGAGACUCUGAUGUCUCUUGUCCGAGAAGCGAUUAAGGCCCAGGUCCAGAGUCUGCACGAUAUCAUCCAGAACGAGAUCCAGGCCACCUUUGAAAUCCUUCAGCUCCGGCUGCAGAAGAAGGCCUUGCUCCUCAACCCGCCUGCCCCUUACCCGCCACCCUACAGCCCUGAUGGGAGGAAGACCAGCAAGCAGAAGAAGCUGAAGGAUUUAAUAUUGGAGGCUCAGAUUAAGGAGAAGGAGAAGGAGGAGAGGGAGAAGGAGAAGGAGAGGGAGAAGGAGAGGGAGAAGGAGAAGAAGGCGGAGAAGAAAGCGCAGAAGGCGGCGCAGAAGGCUGCGAAAGACGAGAAGUCAAAGAAGAAAAAGAAGUGAGGGCAGCAUUGAGGUUCUCCCAGGCAUGCCCUGACAUUCUCAAUCCCAUGCCUGUGUUCUCUCUUCCAGGUCUUCUUCGUCCUCUGGCCUUGAGGAGGAUUCUCAGUGCCAAAGUAAAUCUGUGCCUGGGGCUUCCCCACUUCAGACUGCAGGUGGGACCUCACUUUCCUUCAAAUACAUCCCAUAGAAAACUUGCGCGUCAGGGGGGAAGUGCCGUGGCCUUGCCUUCCUCUCUGACACGCUGGUUUUCCAUGGAGAUAAUUUUCUCUCCCUCGUUCACGUGAACCCCUCCAACUUGUGGCCUUCAGCUGUCUCGUCCAGACACGGGUUAACUCCCUCACUGAGAACAAAGCCGAAGUCUCUUUGUUCACAGGGGUAGAGAUUUA